AUGGCUAACUCCAAGGGAUCACAGAGUGUUAAAGACUUGAUGCACCCAGGAAAAACUGCUUUGCUCCCUCCAAAGAUCCCGUUUCCUAGCGUAUCAGCCCCGUAUUCUGAAUAUAUUCCCGGUGGUUCGAUUGGUUCAAGGCACGGUCAGAAGCUUAGCGAACAGAAAACGCACCAUCAGCGAACUUCCUCUGAGAGCGAUUUGGUAGAAGAGCCUCCCUUUUGGCUUGAUGAUCUUCUCAACGAGCCAGAGAGCCCUGUUCGCAAAUGUGGUCAUAGGCGUUCAUCGAGUGACUCUUACGCGUAUCUAGACGUGGCUAAUGCUAAAAACAUUAGCUUGACUCUCCAAAACGAUUUCAGCUACAGGAACACGGGUGCUUCCACUCAGAGAGGAGUUCAUGAGCUUGAUUGGAAUAUAAAUGCGCAUGACGCUGCCUUCUACUCUGAUGCUAGUUUUCCAAAACAUACAAAUCGACAUCGGGAUCCUUUGGUGGUAUCUGGGGCUCGUCCUUCUUGGCUACCUUUCGCUCGAGAGAAUGUUGGAGGAAAACACAUGGGAGCGUCAUCAUAUAUGUCUCAAGAAGCAACAGGGAUAUCAGAAACAAAGAACUACGCCAAAACUCUUUCUCAUGAACCGAAAAAGUUCUCUCCCGAGGAAAGAAACUCCAAUCCUCAGCCUGGGACUUAUGAGGCUGACAAUACAAGACGAGCCAAACAGCAAUUUGCACAACGAUCACGGGUUCGUAAGCUCCAGUACAUAUCUGAGCUAGAAAGGAAUGUACAAGCAUUGCAGGCAGAAGGCUCCAAAGUUUCAGCCGAGCUUGAUUUUCUCAACCAGCGGAAUCUUAUUCUGGGUAUGGAAAAUAAAGCUCUUAAGCAGCGACUAGAAAGUAUAGCUCAGGAGAAGAUGAUCAAACAAUUGGAACAGGAGGUGUUGGAAAAAGAGAUUGGAAGACUACGAGCACUGUAUCAGCAGCAACAACAACAAACUCAGCAACCAUCAGCAACUCAUAAACCAUCUCCAAGUCACGGACGUGCUACGAGCAAAGAUCUCGAAUCUCAGUUCUCGAGUCUUUCCCUCAACACCAAGGAUUCAAACUGUAGACGCGACUCUGUAUCUGUCACGGGUCAAUUCCACUUCUAG